UGUCUUAAUACUACUACUACUACUAGCUCCAGUUGUCGUUUUCUCGCCGUGACUCGUCGCCAAUGCGAUCGUUGCUUCUGCUAUAUACUCUCGUGCCCGCCGUUUGCUCGUUUGCGUUUAGUAUCAUGCCCGGCUAUAGCUCCAUUUGCUCACGAUGAAAUUCGCCAAGGAGCUGGAACAGCAACUGGUUCCAGAGUGGCGCGCCAAAUAUCUAGAUUAUAAGACCGGCAAGAAGAAAGUCAAAGCGAUCUCUCGCGCUCUUCAAAAAACCUCUCGAAGCCCCAGUCAUCCCUCUCUUCAACAACACAAUGCUUCCGCGCAUGACGACCAAGAUGACCGUCCUGCUGGUUCUGAUGGUCCCUCCCACAUUCCUUCCACCCCUAUAAGAAGCAGUGGUCCUACGCCACGCUCACCGCGCUCAGGCUCUAGCCGCAGCGAGCGUCAGCCCCUGCGUGUACCCGGCUCUAGGUUUUCAGGUGUCAUUGGAAGCUACGGAAGUAUCGUUCCCUCUCCUCCGCUGAACGCUGCAUCAUCGGAUGUCGCCUCCCUUCGACUGCCAGAUCCCGCGAUCGACCCAAAGCAUAAUGACUACUCGUCGGAGAGGGAUGCGGAGCAGACCAGUGUACCUGAGACACCGUCGCCGGUGAUGUCGCGACAUGCGAGCACACGAACUGCGACCAAGGGCAUAGUUCAGCGGAGUCCUACGACGCCCCAGAAGGAUCAUAAGCGGAAUGCAACCCCAGGCCCUCCAAACCGGAGAGGUUCGUUGCUCCAGCGCGUCCUGUCCUAUCAGGACUGGGAUUCCCCAGAGAAGCGUGGAGCGGAUGGAUCUUCUGAGUUCGAGAAGCGCCAGGACGAGUUCUUCGCCUUCUUGGAUAGCGAGUUGACCAAAAUAGAAUCCUUCUAUCAGAUGAAGGAAGAGGAGGCCGCAGAACGCCUCAAAGUGCUUCGUCAUCAGCUGCAUAUCAUGCGGGACCAACGCACACAGGAAGUUCUAGGUGCCAAGUUGGCCCGGCCAGAGAAAGAAGGAAUGCCAAAGUCUCAUGCAUUCGGCCCCCUAGGUGGCCUCGCUGGCUUCGGCAUACGCGGUGCUCUCACUGGACGUCAUUUCGGGAAAAACUCUAAAGCCCUUGCAGAGUUGGGCACCCCUUCAGCAGCCUUACAAGGACAGGAUCCCGACCAUACGGUGUCGCGUCGCGAUUUCAUCCGUCGGCCCGAGGACCCGACCAACAGCGAUGUAUCCUAUCGCUCCGCUAAAAGGAAGCUGAAGCACGCGCUUCAGGAGUACUACCGCGGUGUGGAGCUGCUGAAGGCGUACGCCUACCUGAACAGGACUGCUUUCCGGAAGAUCAACAAGAAAUAUGACAAGACUACUAAUGCGCGUCCUACGCAGCGUUAUAUGUCUGAGAAAGUGAACAAGUCGUGGUUCGUUCAAAGCGAGGUCACUGAGAAUCUGCUGUCCGCUGCAGAGGACCUGUACGCUCGUUACUUCGAGCGCGGCAACCGCAAGAUCGCCGCUUCGAAAUUGCGCCACACUAUCAAUAAAUCCGGAGAUUAUUCUCCGUGCACGUUCCGUGCCGGUGUGCUCUUGAUGGGUGGUGUCCUGUUUGGCGCUCAGUCAUUAGUAUAUGCCGUGCAGAACCUUCAUGAUCGGGAUGGUGAACUAAAAACUUACACAAGCUACUUGCUACAGGUCAGUAUUUAUCGUUCUGAGUGCCUGCUGAUAGCUAACUGUGCACAGAUAUAUGGGGGCUAUUUCCUCGUUGUACUUCAUUUCCUACUGUUUUGCCUAGACUGUAUGGUCUGGACUCGGGCCAAGAUCAACUACGUCUUUGUGUUUGAAUAUGAUACCAGGCAUGCAUUAGACUGGCGUCAGCUUACUGAGGUAUGGUGCUUUAUCGUGGUUUUUUGAUUGUGUCUGACUGUAACAGCUGCCGUCAUUUUUCUUC